AUGUCAGACCAAGGCGCAGGCUCCCCCUCCCCUCCACCUCUGCUGUCUAGCCUGAAGUUAGACGAGCAUGAGAAAGAGAUUCUCAAACGCCAAAUACAUACUCCGGAGCCGCGGAUGAGUCGCUUGGAGCUUUUAUAUACCUGUGCAACAACCUUUGACCUACUUCUCCUGGUCAUCAGUUCAAUUACAGCGAUAAUUGGAGGAGCCAUUCAACCCAUAUCUUUCCUCUUUCUAGGAGGCUUGGCCCAGGCAUUCAAGGACUUCUUCCUGGAAAAGGCUCCGGGUUCUCAUCUCUUAUCCCUAGUCGCAAGAUUCGCUCUGUACUAUGUAUACAUAGCCAUUGGACAGUUCGCUUCGACGUAUAUCUCUACAGCCGGGUUCAUGAUAGUAGGGGAAAAAAUAACCCAACGACUCCGUGAAAAAUAUCUCGCUGCUAUCCUCCGCCAAAAUGUAGCAUUCUUCGAUGUCUUGGGAGCGGGAGAAAUAACAACAAGAAUUACCGCUGAUACGGAUCUCAUCCAAGAUGCCUUAACGGGCAAACUCUCCCUGACGCUGUACUCCUGUUCCUGUUUUGGGACGGCUUUUAUCAUUUGCUUUGUGAAAAGCUGGCGCAUGGCUCUCAUUCUGAUAUCUGCAAUUGUGGCAGAAGUUGGAUCCAUGAGUAUAUGCUCUUCGUUUAUGGUCAAGUAUACUAAGAUGUCUUUAUCGGCAUAUGCAGACGGAUCAACAGCUGCCGAGGAGGCCAUUAGUUCAAUUAGACAUGUUACUGCAUUUGGGAUUCAAGACAAGCUGGCCGAUAGAUAUCAGAAGUUUCUUACCAAGGCAGAGGGCUCUGGUCUCAGGAGUCGCCUUGCCCUGGCGGCCAUGAUGGCCAUUAUGAACUGUGUCAUAUUCUGGACCUAUGGGCUAACAUUCUGGCAAGGGUCACGUUAUCUUGUUGUACGGGAAAUCGAAUUGGGAGCUAUUAUAACCAUUCUCCUUGCUACGCUGACCGGAGCGUUCACAUUUGGUAACAUAGCACCCAAUUUCCAAGCGUUUGCAACUGGUAUGGCAGCAACAGAAAAGAUUCUUGCCACGGUGACCAGAAAGUCACCACUAGAUCCAUCAAUCUCUACAGGAGACAAGCUACAGGCCGUGUCCGGAACAAUCGAACUCAAGAACAUUCGCCAUGUUUACCCUUCGAGACCAGAUGUAUUGACUUUAGAUGGGAUAAAUCUUCUAUUUCCGGGUGGAAAGAUGACGGCCAUAGUUGGUGCUUCUGGCUGUGGGAAAAGUACGAUAGCAGGCUUGAUUGAAAGGUUUUAUGAACCAAUCAGUGGUGAAAUAUUACUCGAUGGCCACGACAUCACAUCUCUAAAUUUGCAAUGGCUACGCCAACAAGUAGCGAUCGUCACUCAGGAGCCCACACUCUUCUCCACAACUGUAUUCGAAAACAUCAGAUUUGGUCUGAUAGGUACUGAGCACGAAAACUCCUCUCUUAGAGUAGUAGAAGAACUUGUGUUUGACGCUGCAAAGAAAGCGAACUGUUUUGAAUUCAUUUCCGCCCUACCAGACGGAUUCCACACGACUGUUGGCGCAAGGGGCUCAUUACUCUCGGGUGGACAAAAGCAACGAGUUGCUAUUGCACGGGCUAUUAUUAGCAAUCCGAAGGUCUUGCUGCUAGAUGAGGCUACUUCAGCUCUAGAUGCCCAGGCCGAGCGGCUAGUACAGGCUGCCCUUGAUGUUGCUGCUGAGGGUCGGACAACUAUCACAAUCAGUCACCGACUCUCUACGAUCACAGGGGCAGCGAACAUUAUUGUGAUGUCUCAUGGACGUGUUGUUGAGCAAGGAACCCACAACGAACUACUUGAGAAACGUUCGAUAUAUUAUCAGUUGGUGGAGAAGCAACGCCUGUCGUCUGAAAGAAAUAUUGUUAUCAGUGAAGCAAAGUCUGCUCUCAAUAGAGGUGCCGACCUCCCGGACGUUAAGGAUGACUAUAAAGAGUCCGAUGAGUACACGCACGAGAUUAGACCAUACCACGAAGCCGAAGCUAGCGAGAGAGCUUCUGGGCGGGAAGCUAGUGACUGCAAAUACUCCUUAUGGGAGUUGAUUAAGUUCGUUGCUAACUUCAACAAAGAAGAAACACUUACCAUGGUUUUGGGUCUAUUUUGGUCCAUCAUCACUGGCGCUGGAAAUCCCACGCAGUCCGUGUUCUACGGCAAGACAAUCUCGGCAAUGUCGUUACCCCCUUCCAUGUAUGGAGAGUUACGUCGUGAGGUAAACUUUUGGAGCCUGAUGUACCUGAUGCUAGGAGGUACCGCAUUCCUAGGCUGGGGAGCAUCGGGGCUCUGUUUCGCCUACUGCUCUGAGCGCCUGAUUCAUCGUGCUAGAGAUCGUUCUUUCCGAGCAAUGCUCCAUCAGGAUAUCUUCAUGUUUGACAAACCUGAAUUCUCAGCUGGAGCUCUUACAAGUGCGCUAUCUACCGAUGCCACCAAUCUUGCCGGAAUGAGUGGUGUGACGUUAGGCUCAAUCCUCAUUGUCUCAACUACUUUGGUUGGCGGUGUGGCUUUAUCGGUUGUAAUAGGCUGGAAGCUCGGGUUAGUUUGUGCAGCAACUAUUCCAAUUGUUCUUGCUUGUGGUCUUAUCCGACUUAAGAUCCUUGGGAAGCUAGCUCGAAAUUCGAAGGCGGCGUACCAAGCUUCAGCAACUUAUGCGUGUGAAGCAAGUGCUGCUAUUAAAACAGUUGCAUCGCUUAGUCUCGAAAGUCAUGUCAAGGAACACUAUCAUAACAUAUUGGAAGCCCAGAGACAAAAAUCAGUUGUUUCCACACUCAAGUCAUCAACGCUGUAUGCAGCCUCCCAGUCGGCCCAUUUUUUCUGCAUAUCCCUGGCUUUUUGGUAUGGAGGAACUCUUAUUGUCCACGAUGGCUAUUCUGUGUUGCAGUUCUUCAUCUGUUAUGCAGCUAUAAUAGCAGGUGCAUUUAGUGCAGGAGCCAUAUUCUCAUUUGCGCCAGAUAUGAGCAAAUCCCGCCAGGCGGCCCAGGAUAUCAAAACGCUGUUAGACCGACCUGUUAACAUCGAUGCACGUCAAGGAACUGGCGAAAUUUUAACGAAAAUAGAUGGUAGUUUAGAGAUGCGCAAUAUCUAUUUCCGAUACCCUAAUAGACCGGAGAAGAUGGUUAUUGCCGGCCUAAGCCUGAGUGUCCAGCCGGGGCAAUAUAUAGGGCUUGUGGGAGCGAGUGGAUGCGGGAAGAGCACUAUCAUAGCUUUGCUAGAGCGGUUCUUUGACCCCGAGGCGGGGCAGAUACUCAUUGAUGGGAAAGAUAUUUCUAAGUUGAAUAUCAAGAACUAUAGGAGUUACCUGGCUCUGGUCAGUCAAGAGCCGACACUGUAUCAGGGAACAAUAAGGGAGAAUAUCACCCUUGGAACCAACGACGAGGACGUUUCUGAGGAGAAAAUUACCAAAGCAUUUAUAGGGGCUAGGGGAGGCAUGCUUUCUGGCGGGCAGCAGCAACGAAUAGCCAUUGCACGGGCGCUUCUUCGCGAUCCACGUAUCCUCCUCCUGGACGAGGCAACUUCCGCUCUCGAUUCAGGGUCUGAAAAGAUCGUCCAGGAUGCCCUGAAUGCGGCGGCUCAAGGCCGAACAACGGUCGCUGUUGCACACCGGAUAAGCACGGUGCAGAACGCCGACUGUAUUUAUGGUAAGAAACAAACCCCGAUCCUAAGUUGCAACGAUAAAGAUUAA